AUGGAUGGAGAACCGACCGAGGAGAGUCGUCUACUGCCACGGCACCGUUACCAAGCUCCGUCUGACCUACCAGGGAAUCCGGAUCACACAACGCCAUGGCGGCUCUACGCCGCUGCUCGAUGCGUGGCUGUGCUGUCACUUGUUCAGUUCGCGACCGUCAUAUCAGCAACUCCGACGUUCGAAAUCAUGGAGGGCAUCAUCUGUCAUUCCAUGCACCCAGACAUUGUUGACCCGCGAAAUGAUGCCGCUUGUAAAGACACCGACGUACAAUCAAAGUUGUCCCUACUGCAGGGAUGGAUCAUGCCCUUUGCACUAAUCCCCGGCCUUGUGACGGCCGUACCAUACGGAGCUAUGGCUGAUAAAUACGGUCGCAGGCUCGUCCUUCGUUUGGCCAUCUCAGGGAUGCUCAUUUCACAGGCGAUUGAGAUGAGCAUAUUCUGGUUUUCCGAUGUGAUACCACUUGAUUUGAUAUGCUUGGCAGGGCUCGCGACUCUCAUUGGUGGUGGGCCCAUGGUGAUCAGUGCGAUGAUUUUCGCCAUGAUCGGCGAUAUAUGUACCCCGGGGCAAAGGACUGUUGCUUUCUUCUAUCUGGGGUCCUCCGUAACAGUUGUUGAACUGAUAUCGGGCCCGCUGACGUACUUGCUCAUGAACAGAGGCGCUUGGUUUUGUCUCUUCAUUGGCUUUGCUGGACUAUGUCUAAGUCUUGCUUCGUCGUUGCUCCUUCCAGAGAGUCGUGGUGCCAAUACAGGUGCAAGCUAUAGUCCACUCAAUGAUGAGCCCGACUCAGGGCAGCAAGCCGGUAACGGACCCUGGAACUACUUGGCCAACUUACCAAAGGUCAUUUCCAACUUACCAAAGGUCAUUGCAAGUUACACGAUCGCUGCGAGGAACCUUGUCUCGAGAAAUACAUAUUCUGUGCUGCUUCUCAUGGGUAUUGUAUUCAGCACGCUCGGUCAAGAUGUCCUGAUCUUGCUUCUACAAUAUAUGACGAAGCGUUUUAGUAUGUCGUGGGCUGAUGCUGCCCUGCUUUUGACCAUGAAAAGCGCAGUGGCUCUUGGAAUGACAACUAUAGUGCUACCUUUGACAAGUCAGCUGCUUUUAACGAAGCUGUCCCUCAGUUACACUCGCAAAGAUUUAUGGAUGGCGAGGGUUAGUGCUAGCCUGCUGGUUUUGGGGGCCUUGUGCCUGGCGUUGGCAUUUACGAUCCGAACGUUCAUGUUGAGUUUAAUCAUUUUCACUCUAGGAGCAGGCUGCAACUUGGUUCUUCGAAGCCUCAUCACUAGCUAUGCUGCAGAGGACAGGGCAGGCUUGAUCUACACUGCGAUAUCUGUAUCAGAGGGACUCGGAGCGCUUGUCGCAGGGCCAGUCAUGGCAUCACUGUUCCGCCUUGGUCUGAGUUGGGGUGUAUUACCUCGCUGA